AUGUUGAACUCUUACAGAUGUAACAGCGAUUGCCUAAUAUAGGAAGGGUAUUACUGCAAGCAAAUAUUAGGGCAGAGCACAAAAUGCAGUAGAAAUUGUGAUUCGGCGAACCUAUAAACUUGCAGAGACCGAAACAAAGUCAGUGGAGAUGGUUGUGAUGAAAGCUGCUAAGUGGAAAUCGGAUAUGUAUGCUUCGAUUCUGAAAAUGGGGAAUUUACUUGCAAGUCAUCAGCACAAUCAAUCAACAAAGAAAAGAAAGUAGAAUUUUGUGGAAACAAUAUUCUAGAAAUGGGGGAAGAAUGCGAUGAUGGAAAUCAAAUAAACGAUGAUGGUUGUGAUUCAGCUUGUCUCAUUGAAAAUUCAUAUACUUUGAUCCUCUAAUCUUAAAACAGCAGAAUACUACAAAAUUCAUGUCUUUUUGAAGGAAGAUGUUUAGAUUCUAAUUUUUAAUCAAAAGAUGGUUGUGACAGUGAUUGCAAGACAGAAAAAGGCUAUUAUUGUAUAAGUGAUUAAAAAUCUGGAGUUUUCUAAUGCUUUAAAAGAACAUAGACUAUGGAUGAUUCAACCUCGAGAUUUUUAAAUAUGGACUCAGUCUAAUGCAAAAAAGAUAGUUCAAGAUCUAUCGAUGAAGAAUGUGAUGAUGGAAAUAUGCUUCACAAUGGUGGGUGCAACGAAUAAUGCAAAAUAUAGGAUGGCUAUAUGUGCACAACAAAUUUAGGGCAAGAAUCAAAAUGCUUUAGAAGAUGCGGGAUUAUGGGUUAAAAAUGCUUUGACCAUAAUAAUGAAAAUAAAGAUGGAUGUGAUUCAUUUUGCUUUGUAGAAGAGGGAUUUAGUUGCUUUUCAUAUAAAAAUGAGCAUGAAGAGUAUGAUAUGAGAUGCAGAAAAUAAUAGUCUAAACCAUCAACUUUGGAAUCACUCACAAAAGAUAUCAUUACUCAUAGAAACUUAGAAAAAGUUGUAGAUCACUAAAAUUCUCGAAGGGAAUUAGAAUCAAGUGCUGGACGCGGCCUAUCUACAGCAAGUAACCUUUGCAAUAAUGGUGUCAUUGAUUUCGGUGAAGAAUGUGAUGACGGAGGUGGAUUUUUUUCAUAAAUUUGCAAUACAAAUUGUGGUCUGUGGUAUGGAGCUGCUGCUUACAUCGUAGAGUUAGGAUAAAAGUCAACGGAAUAUCUCUAACCUAUGUAUAAUGGAGCAGGCUAAUGUUUGGAUAAUAACAACUAUCCCUAUGAUGGGAUUGAUGCAAAAUGCAAAGUCCAUCAAGACUAUUUCUGUUUUGUGUCUUUAAUAUCUAGUGUCUAUGUACCUUAAUGCUAUAAUGGUUAUAGUUACAAAUAAGCUCUGCCUACUCAGAGUCCAGCUCCAGCCACCACUUAGUCUGCCUCUAAUCCAAAUUGUAAUAAAGAUGGUGUUUUGACCCUCAGUGAGGAGUGUGACGAUUAAGAUACUACUAAUAAUGGAGGGUAGCAUAUUUCUCUUAACUAAUUUUCCUCUAGAUGCGAUUCUAACUGUAGAGUCAAAUAUGGGUGGACUUGCGUCAAUUAAUUAGGUAGCUACUCGUUAUGCUACUAAUCAUGCCUUGAGGUUGGAUACAGAUGUCUUGAUAGAAAUUAUGAGAACAACGAUGGAGUAGAGCCAGGUUAUCGUUGUAUGGCUACAAGAGUUAGUUUGACUGAAUGGGAUGCGAAUUCAUUCAAGUGUGAUCCUACAAAAGCUGCUGCAACAACAGAAGCUUCUACAACAACUAUCUUAGCAACAACAACUGAAGACCACUACAUCUCAAGCAUCAACCACAACUGA